AUGAGGGUUAACACUAUCAAAGUUAGCAUUUCCUCUUCAGCGUUACCACUCCGCAAAUUACUCAAACUUCCGCCGCCGCCGCAAUCGCAUCGGCCGCCGGCUGCUUCGGCCACAGUCUGCCGGAGCCUUGUGCUUUUCCGGCCAGCUCAAUCCUACAGCAGCCGUAGCGGUAUUAUCGCGGCAGAAGAAGCACUGUCAACGCCUUCCAUGGGGUCUCAAGCGACCGAAACCGAGUGGCCAGCGAAUAAAGUUAGGAACACAUUCAUUAAAUUCUUCGAGGAUAAAGCUCAUGUCAAUUGGACAUCUAGCCCCGUCGUUCCCCACAAUGACCCCACUCUCCUCUUCGCGAACGCAGGUAUGAAUCAGUACAAGCCUAUUUUCUUGGGCACGGUUGACCCUAACACUGAGUUGAGCAAACUCAAACGUGCUUGCAACACUCAGAAGUGUAUUCGUGCUGGUGGCAAGCACAAUGAUCUUGACGAUGUGGGCAAGGAUACUUACCACCAUACCUUUUUCGAGAUGCUUGGUAAUUGGUCUUUUGGGGAUUAUUUUAAGAAUGAGGCCAUUGAAUGGGCUUGGGAGCUCCUUACCAAGGUAUAUAAGUUGCCCGGUGAUAGAAUUUAUGCCACCUAUUUUGGUGGUGAUGAGAAACUUGGUCUUCCUGCUGACUUUGAAGCAAGGGAUAAGUGGCUCAUAGUUCUUCCUCCCAACCGUGUCUUGCCUUUUGGUUGUAAAGACAACUUUUGGGAGAUGGGGGAUACUGGACCCUGUGGGCCCUGUACUGAAAUCCAUUUUGAUAGGAUUGGCGGACGUGAUGCUGCAUCCUUUGUGAACAAUGAUGAUCCUACAGUGAUUGAAAUAUGGAAUCUUGUGUUCAUUCAGUUUAACAGGGAAGCGGAUGGAGUACUGAAACCACUGCCUGCAAAACAUGUUGACACUGGGAUGGGUUUUGAAAGAUUAACUUCUAUUCUUCAAAAUAAGAUGAGCAAUUACGAUACUGACAUUUUCAUGCCCAUAUUUGAUGCAAUACAACAGGCAACUAAAGCCCGCCCAUACUCUGGGAAAGUUGGACCUGAUGACCUAGACGGAGUUGACAUGGCUUAUAGGGUUGUUGCUGACCACAUUAGAACAAUUUCAUUUGCCAUAGCUGAUGGUUCUUGCCCAGGUAAUGAUGGGCGUGAAUAUGUGUUGAGGCGCAUCCUUCGACGAGCUGUCCGAUAUGGUACUGAAGUCCUGAAAGCUCAACCAGGAUUUUUCAGUGGGCUGGUGCAAAUUGUGGUGGAUGUGAUGAGUGAUGUUUUUCCAGAGCUGAAAGAGCAUGCCAUGAAGAUUAGGGAGAUUAUAGCAGAUGAAGAGGCCAGCUUCGGCAGGACUUUAACUAAAGGAAUUGAGAAAUUUAAGAAGGCCGCUCAGGAAGUCCAAGGGAAAACACUUAGUGGACAGGAUGCUUUUGACUUGUGGGAUACCUAUGGAUUUCCUUUAGAUUUAACUCAGCUGAUGGCCGAAGAAAGAGGCUUGACAGUGGACGUGGAAGGCUUUAAUCUAGCAAUGAAUAAAGCACGAGAAAGAUCAAGGAGUGCACAGAAUAAGCAAGCUGGUGCCGUUAUUGCCAUGGACGCUGAUGCUACUGCCUCAUUGCACAAGAAAGGGGUUUCUGCUACAGACGAUUCAUUUAAAUUUAUCUGGUUCCAGGAUCACACAAGUGCGAUUAAAGCUAUUUACUCUGGGACUGAAUACCUCGAAAGUGUUGUUCCUGGUGAAGAAGUUGGGUUAAUCCUUGAAACUACUAGUUUUUAUGCCGAGCAAGGUGGUCAGAUAUAUGAUACAGGAAUAAUUGAAGGCCCUGAUGGAGCUUUUAAAGUCAGUAAUGUUCAGAUUUAUGGCGGGUUUGUUAUUCAUAUUGGUUUUUUUAGAGGAAAGACUGGCAGGCUUUACAUUGGCGAUAAAGUGGUUUGUAAGGUGGACUAUGAUAGACGGACAUUGAUUGCUCCCAAUCAUACCUGCACGCACAUGUUGAAUUUUGCUCUAAGGGAGGUACUUGGUAACCAUGUCGACCAGAAAGGAUCCAUUGUUCUUCCUGAGAAGCUGAGAUAUGACUUUUCUCAUGGGAAGCCUGUGAAACCUGAGGAACUAAGAAGAAUCGAGUCCAUUGUGAACGAGCAGAUUAAGGCUGAACUGGAUGUUUUCGCAAAGGAGGCCAAGCUUGCUGAUGCGAAACGUGUAAAUGGCCUAAGAGCUGUUUUUGGGGAGGUGUAUCCUGACCCUGUUCGGAUUGUAUCAGUCGGUCGCAAAGUGGAGGAUUUACUUGCAAAUCCUGAAAGCGAAGAAUGGUUAUCAAUCUCCGCAGAGUUAUGUGGAGGGACACACAUAUCGAACACUAGGGAAGCCAAAGCAUUCGCACUCUUACAAGAGGAAGGAAUUGCUAAAGGAAUUCGUAGAAUUACAGCCGUCACAUUGGAUUAUGCUUUCAAAGCUUUUGAACUGGCGGCAUCACUUGAACAAGAAAUAAAUGAAGCAUCCAAAACUGAAGGAAGCAUUCUGGAGCAGAAAGUAACUGCCUUAAAUAGUCGUGUGGAAGGAGCAUCUGUCCCUUCUGCAACAAAAGCUGAUCUCAAGGCUAAAAUAUCUGUGCUUCAGAGCCAAGUCAUCAAAGCCAAAAAGAAGAUAGCCGAAGAACAUAUGCAGAAAGCCAUUGAAGCGGCCAUACAAACAGCUGAAGGUGCUUCAUCGAAGGGAAAGACCUUCUGCAUUUCACAUGUUGAUGUUGGUUCUGAUACUUCUGCAAUCCGUGAGGGAGUUGUCAAAGUCAUGGAGCAGAAGGGAAUGGCAAUCAUGGUCUUUAGCAGAGACGAAACAGUGAACAAGGCUUUUGUUUGUGCUGGUGUACCCGAGAAAGAUGGCAAGUACAAGUCGUUAAAUGUUACAGAAUGGUUGAAAAAGGUUUUGGAAUUGAUAAGUGGAAAAGGAGGUGGAGGAAAAGGAGGUAUUGCUCAAGGCCGGGGGAGUGAUGCAUCUCGUAUUGAAACUGCAAUGGAUGUGGCAGAAUCCUUUGCGGCAAUGAAGUUGAAAUGAGAAGAGACAACCUGUACAUAUUUCAAAUUUAUGCACAAUGCAACGGUGAAGUUGAUCGGGCAAGGAAAUUUGAACGAACCAUUGGUUGCAUUCCGCAAAAACAAACGCUUGUUAUUUGAUAAUAGAUUUGAUUGCUUUUGUUUUUUCUGUUGAAAACAAUCAGGCUUCUUUCAAGGUUUGGUUAUAUACUACUCUCUCCGUUCCAUAGUAAUGGAGUCGUUUUUUUUGA